GAACAUGCACAUUGAGCUUCUUUUUGAGACAGUAUUUAGUGUGAACGAAGUGCUUAUCUUUUUUCACGUUUAAUCUCGACCCUUGUGUCAUAGAUGAGAUAGUGAAACAAUGCAAUACGCCUCGAGAAUACACGUGCACAUAGAAAUAUUCUAAAAACGCCUAGAGGGACCGAUAGAAAAAGGGCAAAGAAACGGAAAUAUUCGAGAAUUCGAAGUCGCUAAUUUUCUCGAGUCCCUUACGAACGGUAUCCUAACGUGUAUUCCGGGUAUUCCGCUCGCUUCCGUUUCGCUACAGCCGCGCGCUACAGUACAGCAUGGCGUAAGGCGAGUUCGUCAUAAUAGUUGGCUCGGAUUCACCUGCUCUUUCGCCCGCUAAUUUGUUCACACGCACUAAUUGCUUCCUUCUCGGUCUCCUAUCUCUGGCAGUGUGGAACUGCUCUUUGCGCGUUGCUUCACUGAAUGCGCGGCGCUCGCACGAGGUGUUCCACGGGAGUACUGUUACACCUACGGAAAUACAACCCACAUUAUCUUUCGUUAAAUAAUAAGUUUUUUAGGUACAAAUUAUGUUUUAACAUCGAAUGAUCGUUCUGUUUAUUUAUCAUUCAUAGACGGGUAGAAGCGUAGAGAGGUAUAAAAAGCCGAGCCGUCGUUUUGUUCAAAAGAUGUUAUCCAAAAUAUGAUUUUGCAUCGGGCGGGCUACUAAUUGUUGGCGGGCAAUCAAUCAAAAUCGGCCAAAAAAUCAAUGACGUUAUAGGCGCGCACCUCGGAAAUUUCGGCGUGUAAAAAAACCGCGAGACUGAGAUAAUGUGAAGGUAAGAAGGAGGUGCGAGGUAAACGAGAAGAGCGCGAGAACGCUUUCCGCGAACACUAAAAUCGUUACGGUGAAAUCGAACAAAACGCCUCGAUGGUUCUUCUUGGCUUGCUGGCCCCUGCGGCGACGUUUCGUUGGAGAAGAAAUAAAAGCGCGAAAAGAGGCCAGAGUGUCGCUCAACAGGACGGCAUAAACGCGUCGAUAAACGGCCAAUUGGGUCUGUCGCGUUAUGGACCGCAGGUGAUGAGCGUGCUGUGUUUAUGCACCUCCAACAUCCAUCAAUCUACCCGUAACGUCACGCAGACCGGCAAGAUACUCCCGAGUCCGCCGUUAGACACCCUUUGCGAGCAGCGAGUAACGCCCUCGCAGGAAAUACCCACGGACGAGCUGGCUCUAUUAGCUAAGCUGGAGGAAGCAAACAGGCUGAUUGAGUCCGAUGCAAAAUCACUGAACUCUCUCCAGAGUAACCACAGUAGAAAGGGCUCCGAUACAUCACAGGUGUCUGUGGCGUCAGGGGGCAGCGGAGGAAAUGGCGAUGCUGCACCUGGGCGUCCCAACCCGGCCGAUGUCGAGGAGAACACGUGGAGUCUCUGGGGUCACAUAGUGGCCGAUUGGGACUAUCAUUGGAAGAAGCGGAAGGAUUCAGUCAAGGAAUUGGUUCGUCAGGGCAUACCUCAUCAUUUCAGGGGUAUUGUUUGGCAAUUAUUAAGCGGUGCCCAUGACUCUCCUGUGAAAAAACAAUUUGCCGAGUACAUUAAGGCGACGUCAGCUUGCGAGAGGAUAAUCAGAAGAGAUAUCGCCAGAACGUAUCCUGAACACGAUUUCUUCAAGGAGAAAGAUGGUCUCGGUCAGGAGAGUUUAUUUAAUGUUAUGAAAGCGUAUAGCCUGCACGAUCGCGAAGUAGGAUACUGCCAAGGCUCAGGAUUUAUAGUAGGAUUACUUUUACUGCAGCAAAUGCCGGAAGAAGAAGCUUUCGCCGUACUCGUGGCGCUUAUGCAAGAAUAUCGCUUGCGAGACAUGUACAAACCAAGCAUGGCUGAAUUAGGAGUGUGCAUGUAUCAGCUAGAACACUUGGUUGCCGACACGCAUCCCGAACUUCACGCUCACUUUACGGUCCACGGUUUCCAUACAUCGAUGUACGCAUCCUCUUGGUUUCUCACAUUGUUCACCACAGCAUUAAGACUUCCCUUGGCGUGUCGAAUUUUUGACGUCUUUCUGUCGGAGGGUAUGGAAAUUAUUUUUAAAGUCGCAUUGGCGAUGCUGCAUUUAGGCAAGGAAGAUUUGCUCAGUUUAGACAUGGAGGGCAUGUUAAAGUUUUUCCAGAAACAAUUGCCCGGAAGAGCCGAAAAAGAUCCUGAUGGCCUCAUGAAUCUCGCGUACGGAAUGAAAAUUCAUCCGAAGAGAAUGAAGAAGCUAGAAAAAGAUUAUACGAUUUUGAAAAUGAAAGAGCAGGAGCAGAUGGUGGAGAUUCGCAGGCUCAGAGCUGAAAAUAAAUUGCUCAGACAACGAACUGAACUUCUAGAGGCAGAAUCAUCAGAACUCGCAGAUAGAUUAGUCAAAGGUCAAGUAUCGCGCGCGGAAGAGGAAGAGACUACUUUCGUAGUACAGAGGGAAUUGGCGGCUCUCCGGCAUAAGCAUCUUGAAACGAGUCAUCGGCUUGAACAAGCUCGCGAAGAAGUCAGAUCGUUGUCACUCGUUCUCGAGCAGAAUGCUUUAUCCAGAGAGUCAUCGCUCGACGAGAUACUAACAAGACAAGAAGCAUUGGCGUUGCAAGAAGAUAUGAUACAACUCCUGCAAGACGAAUUAGUGAGAGUCAGAUUGCACGACGCGGAAAAUGACGCUUUGAUUAAGGAACUUAGGGGAAGAAUACAAGAAUUGGAGCAAGAUAAAAAGACUUUGCGCGAGUCGACGCCGGAUAAUUCCGUGGCCCAUCUGCAAGAGGAACUUAUCGCAGUUAAACUCAGAGAAGCUGAAGCCAAUUUAUCUUUAAAAGAUCUGCGGCAGAGAGUCUUGGACUUAAGCGCGGCUUGGCAAAGGCAUUUACAAGACCAUCGGUCUGCUCAUUUAACUGCAGCUGCUGACUCAACGCCAAAGAAGCUGAUAUUUUGGGAAAAUCGAAGUUACGAUGUACAGAAGCUCGAGGAAGACAUAAUGACGUCUAGAAUGCGUGAGAUGGAAGCAUUAGCUGAAGUUAAGGAGCUUCGACUCAAAGUUAUGGAGCUAGAGACUCAGGUACAGGUGGCGACAAAUCAGCUUCGUAGACAAGACGAGGUUGGGAAAGUACUUAAAGAGGAAUUGGAAGCUGCGUUAGCUCGAGAGAAAGAUCUGGCUGUUAAGCUGAAGGAACAACAGUACAAAUAUUCCGAUCUCGAGUCAAAAAUGAAGGAUGAGGCUAUGAUGGCCAGGAUACGCGAUGCGGAACACGCGCAGCAGGUCGCGGAGCUCACACAGAAAAUAUCUCUUCUCGAAUUAAAGAACGAAGAAAUGCACGCGGAAGGCGAACUUCGGAAUAAUUUAGAUGACAGUGAGAAAGUGAGAGAAUUGCAAGAUAAAGUGGCUGAAUUAAAGGCUGAGGUCAUGAGGCUAGAGAGUUGGAAACAACGAUGGACUGGUCAAACCGUACGAAGUUUUAGCGUCGAUACUGAAAGCGAAUUGGACGAACGGGAUCUCAGAAUUUGCUUACAGGAUCAUAUCAAUACGACCACGCCAAACUCACCCGAGGUAUAGAAUUCUAUGUAUACCAGAUAUAUAUUAGGCAGCUAACAAUACUCCGUUAUCGAUGCGCGCGAACCUUUUGUUCGUCGUCAGCUUUCGCUGUAGGAAAUAACGCGUAUGCGCUUAGAUCGUAACACGAGAGUAGAUUAUCGUAAUAAUCCUGUUUAGUUACGUGUAUUACCUAUAUAUUACUAGGCUAAAUAUAAUAAAUAUAUAUAGUCAUUAAUUAGUUACACUAUAACGACGAACGAAAGAAAGGAAGAAACAGUAACGAUAGGCACUCUCGGUAAAACAAGCGAAAUAAUCUCGAUCGUAAUCAGGGCCCGAAACGAUGUUCUUUUUAUUAUUUAUAUAUAUAUAUAUUUAUUCUUUAAUCACGUGACGCAGUAUGUAUGACAGAAGAAAUUUAGAUUUCUUUAAAAACAUAGCAUUCCUUGGAAUAGCGUCGGUUAUUCCGCCAAGAUAAAAAAACCAUCGCAGUACUAUCACUCAGCGCUAUGAUAUAAUAUUUUUUAUUAUUAUAACAAUAUCGUAUCAUUAUGUUAAACUUUAUAGACUACUAUGCAGAGUAUUAUAGAGUAUAUGUUAGCCGUAGAGCUAAUGACUCGAAGUAUUAUAUAGGACGUAACUAAAGGUUGUUUGCUACCUAAUUUCAUAUAAUUUCAUAUUAAUAUCUUUCACACAAGGUUUAGACUGAUACAGGAUAAUUUCGAGGAAGAACUUCAAAAUUUAACAUUCACGAACUCGAAUUUUAUUUAUUUUUAUUUAAAACUGUUAACUGUCGGGUAAGCAAUGUUUUAUCAUGAUUUGUAAAAACUAUAAAAAUGAGACUUUAGGACACUUUUUAAAUGUCUGAAAUGUACUUUUUACUAACGGUUGAAUGAUACGAUUGAUCCGACUGGCGUAGUUAAAACAGAAAGGGAAUUAGUGAGAUUGAAUAACGUUAAUUCCAAAACGGUUGGUAUCUUCUUUUCUCCCGCAAAUAAAUCUAGAACUUAUAUUUAUAAGUUAAUAUAAAGUAACUGUAGAACCUAACAUACGAUGCAUGAACGUUUUAUCGUAUGACUCAGGUGAAAUAUGGGGAUAUUAUUUUCUUCUUUGUUCUCUGUCGUUUUAUCCAAGGAUCUAACGAACGAUCUUUUGGUUUCGAAGUUUGAUUACGAUCAGCAGAUUAUCCGAAAAUUAUCAUAUAAACUAUUCCGUGACACACGCAACUGUUUUUAUACGCAUGAUAUACUCUGUGUAUUUUUUGUAAUUCAUACCAAAUGUAAUCGCAUUUAAGAAGUUGUAUAUUGAGCGCCGGGGAAAAAAACGUGAUGACGGAAGUAUAUCGCCGUUUUUUAUAAAUAUAUGUAUUUACAUGUGUGUGUCACAUGAGGGAUCAUCGCGUGCGUGCGUGCGUGC